AUGGCUUUUGAAAUAUUAAAAACUGAAAGAGGAAAAAGUAUGCUUUCAUUCAAUGGUUAUAUUUUCGUAAAAGAAAAAGAAAGUGACGUUAAAUCAAUAUGGAAAUGUAACCAAUAUUUUAAAAACAAAUGUCGAGGACGCGUUCAUUUAAGUGAUGGAAAAAUAUUAAAAAGUACUGACCAUAACCACGUUCCGAAUUCAACAGACACUAAUGUUAAAAAAACUCUAAAUUUACUAAAAGAAAUAGCUACCAAUAACGUUGAUGCAAGUUCUCAUUCUGUAGUAGCUACAGCAUUAUCUCAAAUCCCUACAGAAUGUGCGGCUCAGUUACCUAAUAUUCAUAGACUCAAGCGUACUAUACAACGACUACGUAAACAACAACUUCAAUUACCAAAAGAGCCAACCGAUUUCAAUUUUAGUAUACCUGACGAGAUGACAAAAACCACUGACGGUAAUCUUUUUUUACAAUAUGACAGUGGUAUUAAUACAGACAGAAUUUUAAUUUUUUCAACAACAAAUUUAUUAAAACUUAUGACGCAAUGUAACAAUUGGUUUUGUGAUGGCACAUUUUCAAGUGCUCCAACUUUAUUUUAUCAAGUUUAUACUAUUCAUGCAGUACAAUAUUCAAAUGUUUUACCAUCAGCUUACGUCUUAUUACCCGAUAAAAAAGAAAAAACGUAUAGACGUAUGUUUCAAGCAUUAAAAAGUAUUACUACUGGAUUAUGUCCUAAAACUAUCAUGGUUGAUUUUGAAAAAGCUGCGAUGAACGCGAUAAAUUAUGAAUUUCCAGAAACAGAAGUAAAAGGAUGCUUUUUUUAUUUUUCACAGUGUAUAUGGCAACAAAUUCAAGAUGACUCAACUAUUUUGAAGAAACUUGCAUAG